GGGAAGCAGCGGCAGGAGGAAGAGGAGGAUGACUGCCCGGUGGUUGCGUCCUGCGCUGGUGCUGCUGCUGGCGGGGCUGUGCGGCGGCGCCAUGGACGAGUGCGGGGACGAGCAGGGCCGGCGUCCCCAGCGCUGCAUGCCCGAGUUCGUCAACGCCGCCUUCAACGCCACCGUGGUGGCCACCGACACGUGCGGGAGCCCGGCCGAGGAGUACUGCGUGCAGACGGGCGUCACCGGGGUCACCAAGUCGUGCCACCUGUGCGACGCCGCCCAGCCGCAGCUGCGGCACGGCGCCGCCUUCCUCACCGACUACAACAACCAGGCCGACACCACCUGGUGGCAGAGCCAGACCAUGCUGGCCGGCGUCCAGUACCCCAACACCAUCAACCUCACCUUGCACCUGGGAAAAGCAUUUGAUAUUACAUACGUGCGUCUGAAAUUCCACACCAGCCGACCAGAGAGUUUUGCCAUCUACAAGCGUACUCGGGAAGAUGGUCCAUGGAUCCCUUACCAGUAUUACAGUGGAUCUUGUGAGAACACUUAUCACAAAUCCAAUCGGGGUUUCAUCAAGACUGGGGAGGAUGAACAGCAAGCACUUUGCACAGAUGAGUUCAGCGACAUCUCUCCCCUCACGGGAGGCAACGUGGCUUUUUCAACUCUGGAGGGAAGGCCCAGCGCUUACAACUUUGAUAACAGUCCUGUUUUACAGGAAUGGGUAACUGCUACUGAUAUCAGAGUAAGCCUCAAUCGUCUUAACACCUUUGGAGAUGAAGUAUUCAAUGAUCCCAAAGUUCUCAAGUCAUAUUAUUAUGCUAUUUCUGACUUCGCUGUGGGUGGCAGGUGCAAGUGCAACGGCCACGCAAGUGAGUGUGUGAAGAACGAAUAUGGAAAACUCGCUUGCAGUUGUAAACACAAUACCUUUGGGGUUGACUGUGAGAAGUGCCUUCCUUUUUACAACGACCGGCCUUGGCGAAGAGCAACGGCGGAGAGUGCCAACGAAUGUUUGCCCUGUAACUGCAACAGACGUUCCCAGGAGUGUUACUUUGAUCCUGAGCUGUACCGUUCCACAGGCCACGGUGGCCACUGCACAGGUUGCUUCGGUAACACUGAUGGACCCAACUGCGAGAGGUGUCGGGAAAACUUCUACCGUCUUGGAAGUGAGGAAAACUGUCUGCCGUGUAAUUGCAAUCCUGUUGGGUCUCUCAGCACACAGUGUGACAACUAUGGGCGGUGUAGUUGUAAGCCCGGGGUGAUGGGUGACAAAUGUGACCGAUGCCAGCCGGGAUUCCACUCUCUCACAGAGGCUGGUUGCAGGCCAUGCUCUUGUGAUCCUGCUGGAAGCACAGGUGAAUGCAAUGUGGAAACAGGGCGCUGUGCAUGCAAGGACAACGUAGAAGGAUUCAACUGCGAGAGGUGUAAACCUGGCUUUUUUAAUCUGGAUCAAGUAAAUCCUAGGGGAUGUACUCCCUGCUUCUGCUUUGGACACUCAUCUGUCUGUACCAAUGCCAUCGACUACAGUAUCUACAGAAUUACCUCCAGUUUCCAGAUCGGAGAGGAAGACUGGCAUGCCGAACAACGGGAUGGCUCUGAAGUCUCGGUUCAGUGGAUUACAGAAACUCAAGAAAUCUCUGUGGUCUCAGAAACACCUUUCCCCAUCUAUUUCAUUGCCCCAGGGAAGUUUCUUGGGAAUCAAGUCUUGAGUUAUGGCCAAAACUUGACAUUCUCCUUUCGAGUUGAUAGGCGGGAUACACGCCUUUCUGCUGAGGACAUAGUUCUUGAAGGUGCUGGACUGAGAGUGUCUAUACCUCUCAUUGCUCAAGGCAACUCUUACCCUAGUGAGAACUCACUAAAGUAUGCCUUCAGACUCCAUGAAGCAACGGACUACCCCUGGAGGCCUUCUCUGACACCGUUUGAGUUCCAGAGGCUGCUUCAUAACUUAACAGCUAUCAAGAUUCGUGGGACCUACAGUGAAAGGAAUGCUGCAUAUCUGGAUGACGUCACCAUUAUGAGUGCUCGACUUGGGUCUGGAGUACCAGCCACAUGGGUGGAAAGCUGUACGUGUCCCACGGGGUACCUGGGCCAGUUCUGUGAACGAUGUGCCCUGGGCUAUAGAAGGGAAACCCCUAGUCUCGGUCCCUAUAGUCCAUGCGUGCCAUGUUUCUGCAAUGGACACAGUGACACCUGCGACCCUGAAUCAGGAGCGUGCGACUGCAGGGAUAACACAGCAGGUCCUCACUGUGAGAAGUGCAGUGAUGGCUAUUAUGGAGACGCAACCACAGGCAGCUCUUCAGAUUGUCAACCAUGUCCAUGUCCAGGCGGCUCCAGCUGUGCCAUAGUGCCCAAAACCAGGGAGGUGGUUUGUACUAACUGCCCAGUUGGUACUACAGGUAAAAGAUGCGAGCUGUGUGAUGAUGGCUAUUUUGGGGACCCUCUUGGUGAGAAUGGCCCUAUCCAGCUUUGUCGCCUGUGUCAGUGCAGUGAUAACAUUGACCCCAAUGCUGUUGGUAACUGCAACCGCUUAACAGGAGAAUGUCUGAAAUGUAUCUACAAUACAGCUGGUUUCUAUUGUGACCGGUGCAAAGAUGGAUUUUUUGGGAAUCCUUUAGCUCCAAAUGUGGAGGACAAAUGCAAAGCUUGCAACUGCAAUCCUUAUGGCACAGUGAAUGUGCAGACAAACUGCAAUCAAGUAACAGGACAAUGUGAAUGCCUCCCGCAUGUCACGGAGAGGGCCUGCAGCUCCUGUGAGCCUGGGUUCUAUAACCUGCAGAGUGGGCGUGGCUGUGAGAGAUGCGACUGCCAUCCUCUGGGUUCCACUAACGGGCAUUGUGACAUACAGACUGGGCAAUGCGAGUGCCAGCCAGGGAUCACUGGUCAGCGUUGUGAGAGGUGUGAGGCCAACCAUUUUGGAUUUGGUCCUGAAGGCUGCAAACCUUGUGACUGUGACCCUGAGGGUUCCCAUUCCCUCCAGUGCAAAGAGGAUGGUCGCUGUGAGUGCAAACAAGGCUUUGUGGGGACUCGCUGUGACCAGUGUGAAGAGAACUACUUCUACAACCGGUCCUGGCCAGGCUGCCAAGAGUGUCCUGCCUGUUACAGGCUGGUGAAAGAUAAGGUGGCAGAGCAGCGAGAGAGGUUACAGGAGCUGGAAAAUCUUAUAGCCAACCUAGGAACAGGUGAUGAGACCAUAACAGAUCAGGCCUUUGAAGACAGGUUGAAGGAAGCAGAGAGAGAGGUCAUGGACUUGCUUCAGAAGGCCCAGAACAACAAAGAUGUAGAUCAGGGCCUGAUGGAUCGUCUCAAUGAAAUCAACAGAACCUUGUCCGGCCAACUUGGCAGGUUGAGGAAUAUCCAGAAGACAGUAGCAGAUACGGAAAACCUUGCCGAGCAAGCCCGCAAUCGAGUGGAUGACACAGCUGAACUGAUCAAAACUGCUUCAGAUAAGCUGUCAAAAGCAUCAGCAGCAAUUGGCAAAGUGACUAUUCCUUCACCAGAAGGAAUCAGCGAUCCCAACAAUAUGACUCUCCUGGUAGAAGAGGCCCGUCAGCUAGCUCAGCGGCACAAGCAAGAAGCAGAUGACAUUGUGCGCAUAGCCAAAGAAGCGAAUGAUACAUCAGCACAAGCGUAUAAACUGCUCUUAGACACAUUGGCAGGGGAGAAUCAAACAGCGAAUGACAUCAGUGACCUUAACAGAAAGUAUAAUCAAGCAAAGGACAUUUCCCGAGAUCUGGAAAAGCAGGCAAACAAGGUCCAUGCUGAAGCAGAGGAAGCUGGAAACAAAGCUCUGCAGAUCUAUGCUAAUCUCACCAGCCUACCAAUUGUGGAUACAGAAGGUCUAGAGAAAGAGGCAAAGAAGAUCAAGGAGGAAGCCAGAGACUUAGAUCAGCUAAUUAGCAGGAAGCUGAGGAAUUAUGAGGAUCUUAUUGAAGACAUGAAAGGGAAAGAACUUGAAGUGAAAAAUCUUUUGGAGAAAGGAAAGACGGAACAGCAGACUGCUGAUCAGCUGCUGGCUCGAGCAGAUGCUGCCAAAGCUCUGGCCGAAGAAGCAGCCAGGAAGGGGAACAACACGCUCCAGGAGGCCAGAGACAUUCUUGGCAAUCUGAAAGACUUUGACAAGCGCGUCAAUGAUAACAAGACAGCAGCAGAGGAUGCCUUGAAAAAGAUUCCUGCCAUCACCCAGACCAUUGCAGAGGCCAACAAUAAGACACGGCAAGCUGAGCUGGCACUGGGCAAUGCAGCUGCUGAUGCCAGGGAAGCAAAGAACAGAGCUGAUGACGCUGAGAAAAUUGCUAAUUCUGUACAGAAAAACGCUGCGACAGCUAAGGCCGAUGCUGAGAAGACCUUUUCAGCUGUCACCGAUCUGGACAAAGAAAUGGAUGACAUGCUGCAGCAGCUGCACGAAGCAGAGGAAGAACUGAAGAAGAAACAGGACAGUGCAGACCAAGAUAUGAUGAUGGCAGGAAUGGCAUCUCAAGCUGCUCAGGAAGCGGAAGACAAUGCAAGGAAAGCAAAGAACUCUGUGAACAGCUUGCUCAAUAUGAUUAAUGACCUUCUUGGGAAAUUAGGGGAUCUAGAGACUGUGGACUUAAGUAAACUGGAGGAAAUCGAACGUACCUUAAAUACUGCCCAGAACCAGAUGAGGGACAACGACCUGGACAGAAAAGUAUCGGAUCUAGAAAAGGCAGCUGAGAAGCAGGCCAGCGCCAUUGCCGAAUAUAACAGGGACAUUGAGACUAUUGAAAAAGACAUUGCUAAUCUAGAGGACAUCAAGAACACCUUGCCAACGGGCUGCUUUAACACCCCGUCCAUUGAGAAACCCUAAGGGUGUGCUAAGGGCAGGGGGGGCAUCCCCUCAGUGACUGGUGGAGCAGUUAUUUGGCCGUGGAGUGCCUUAAUUCUUAAAAUUACCUUCUUCAAGACCCUCACCACAUUUCCCAGUACAGCUCUCAGUUGUUGUUUCCCAAUUCAAGAUUGGGGGGGAAAGCAAACUUCAGAAUGAAAAGCAAAUUUAAGAAUUGGUCUUCAGGGCAUCAAAAGGGCUUUGAGACAACUAUGUGUAGGUUUUUCUGCUCAAGCACACUCCACCUGAUCUCUCCUUUUCAGAAAACACUCCCCUUCUAAUUUACACAAUGAUGUGAAAUAUUCUGGACUGUUGUACUGAACUGUAGAAGUGGCCAUGGGAAAUGGUGUGCAGUGGGGUCACAAGCAAGCUUUUUUUUUCUUCAUUCCCUCCUUUCCUGUAUCUCCCUCACCCUUUUCAACCCCCACUAAUUCUGUGUUCUUUUUUUUUUCUAUGAAGGAAAAGGUUUUGGCUACCAAAGUGUUCAAUAGUAAUGGCCAGUAUAGCCACACUUUGUAAGAAGCAGCAAUGACCUUCACAAUAGCUACGCUUUAAAAACAAAGAGAAUAAAAAGCCAGCUAUAUAUUAUAUAUAUAAAUAAUUGGCCAAUAAAAUUACCAUUUUUGGUAGCCAGUCGCCAUUUUUUAAAAAACCUUUCUAACGUGCAAUAUGUAUAUCCCAUUCCUGAGACGCAGCUUCUCAGAAACAACUUUUGGGGAGUCAAGAGGAAGGAGUGGUGCAGUAGGUCUCCACGGUGCUAUAUCUUAGCCUUUGGCCUGUGAGAACAAAGGCAGAACAUUUUGUUCCUCAAGGUGGGGAAAUCUGCUUGUGGUCAGGAUUAUUCCUGUCACCAGCCAAGCCACUAGGAAUCUCUUAUAUUCCAGGGACAACUGGAUUAAUAUGACCAGAUUCUCUCUUAAAAUCAGACCUUUCUUUUUUAAAAAAAAAAAAAGUCAGCCAACCAGAGAGAACUUUAGUUUCUAGACUGCUUGUGAACUUUGAAGUCAGUGUAAUCUUUGAGGUGUAGAAAACAGGCCAAGAAGUCUUUCUAUGCCUCUCUUCCCAAAGAAUUGGCUGUUGUUUUUAAACCAUGGCGGGUUUAUCUUUUUGUCUGAUGGGAGAGAAAGUCUAAAAUAUAGUUGGCCCAGUUUUUCUGGGAAAAGAACACCAGGCCUAAUUGUAAGGAUUAACAAUACCCUAGAUUUUGCAGUAUUUACAAAUUGUUUUGCUGCUCAGCAUGAAUUUCUGCCUUCCUCUUGGUUCUCUUCCUCCCCCACUUCCCACAUUAUCUUAUCUUCCUAGUAGGGAAAAAAGUCGGCUCUGUUCUUUCUCCUCACCCAUUUAAGUAAUUAACUGGAGGAAAUUAUCUGCCUCUGGUUUCUUCGUUAGUUUGAUCUAAUGCUUCCACCCACCCCCCUGUCUUGUUGAGAUCCAUGUAUACCUGCCCUUAAAAACACUAUGCAACUUUGUAUGUUUGCGUAGAGGGGAAGAAAUUUAUUAUCUGACACACACACUGGUGCUAUUAAUUAUUUCAAAUUUAUAUUUUUGUGUGAAUGUGGGUAUUUUUUGUGUUUUUUUAAAAAAAAUCAUGAUUAUAGUGUGAGGAAAAGUCUAUUCCCUUUCCCUAAUUCCUCCAUGUAAAUAGGCUUGGUUUUUUUUCUAGAGUGGCACUGUUCUCCUCUAUGCUCUCUCUUAACCAUCACAGUACAUGCAUUCUGUCUUUAUUACUCUGGGGGGAUGGGGUGUUCAGGUAUUUUCCCUACUCAGUCUCCUUACUACUUUGCACAUUCAGGUGUUGGCAGUUAACAGUACUGUGUGGUGUUAACAUGGCCUGCUUUCUCGUGUACUGAGGCAAGGUACCCAUUGUCCACGUCUUCUUUGUAAAGCCAGCAUGGAUGCCCAGAAGAUUCAGAGGGCAUUCACUUGUGUCAAACUAACAUUCACUGGGCUUUUUCGCUCGAUAUUUUGCAUUCCAGGAUCCUCCCUGACGUAUGAUCAGUGACAAAGCUUCAGGCUUGUGCAGCCUUUUCCUUCACUGUGAGUGGAAGUGAAAUUGUAAAAGAGAGAUCCUGUAUUCAGAUAAGUUCAGGUUUUCUCUAGUUCUCUUCUUACCUUUCCACCUGUGAUGAGGGGAACAGAGGAAAUUACGUACAAGCCUGAGGCCCAUUUGCAACAUAGUCCUGAGGGGCGCAAAGUAUUGCCUGCAUCUGCCCUCUGUCUCUGGUUUACGAAGGUUGGCUCGGAUCCACUGGAGUGUUUGGGCAUACAGAAGGGUUUCCAGCUAUUGAAUGUGAUUUUCUCACCUUGUCCCUCUCCUGUAGCUUAAAAUGUCCCCCAAAUGUUGUUCCUGGAGGACAGGAAACAACCCCCCCCCCCACAGCAACAUUUGGGAUGGCAAUGGGAAGGUGAAAACAAAACUCCUUCCAUCUGCAGAAACAUUCUAAGGGAUCCAGGCCAUUAUGUUUGAACAGGUUUAAUUUUAUGAAUUGUUGUGGACUGGGCUUGUGAGGCAACUGUAUCUUUGGGCUAGUUCUCACUGUGGUGAUAAACCUGUGACUGAGCGAUACUGCUUUAAGGCUGACAUGAUUUGAACCAGUGUGGUGGUUAGAGGGUUGGACUAGUACUGAAACCUGGAUGGAAUCCCCACUUAGCAGUGUAAUUCACUUGGGGCCUGGGGGCCACUCACACAGUCAGCCGAACCUACCUCACAGGGUUGUUGUGAGGAUAAAAUGGAAGGGUGGAGAAUUCGAUACGAUGCCUAGAGGUCUUUGGAGAAAAUGGAUAAAAAUAAUGAGAGAAAUGCUCCUUCACAUGCACAGAAAUUCCCCUCAUAAAAAUAUCUUCCAUGGAAAAGUAGACAUCAGGCACAAAGAUUUAGCUUUGUCUUCAGUCCUGACAUCUCCCCUGUGCAGACUCAAGCAAUACAGCUCAGACACAGGUUUUUGCGCCUUAAUAAAUAAGGCUGUUACUACAGGUCCAGUGCCCAGUUCUGUUUUUGCAAAACAGUGGCCUUUUCUGCCUGUACUGUUGUUUGGGGGAGGCUUUAUUUUCAGUCACUGAGGACUACCGCAUUUCCAGGGCCAGGGGAGUGAUAUGGGCCUGAUCUUUCCCUCUUUCCUUUAACCCAAAUGACUUCUCAACAGUUUACAUGAAACCAGCCUUCCUGCAUACAAUCCUGAAGCCAUUUCCUGGAAAUGACCUUUCAUUGCAACACGUCACACUUGACACUUCAGUAUUUUUCAUCUGGCUGAGCCAGUCAGAUGGCUGCAUUCUAACUGUAUUGCCUCUCCAUGACAGAGGGAUGAUAAUACUCACUUUUUGCCUGCUUCUGGCCUUAAGGUUCUCUGCCUUUCUUAGUAUUUUCUCUUUUUUUUCUGAAAAACUGGUUUUAACAGAUUUUUUUAUUUUUAAAUAAAUAAAAGACCUUUAUAAGAAUCCUCUUAAUUACAAAUACUGCGUUGACAGCCAUUAUCACAUUUGUUAGAGGUCCAAGUUAUUUCUUUUACAUAGUAAAAAAAAUUACACAACCACUGCUCACAGAAACACACACCCAGGUGCUACAGCAGACACCUAUUUGAAGAGUUCCCCUCACUUCUAUUUUUGACUGUGAGCACCUCCAUAUGUGCCUUUACUCCCUUUAUUUUUUGCCUUAAAUCUGUGGUCUUGCUGUCUGGGGGCAGUGAACAGCAACAACAAAUGCAACACUCAACAGUUUUUAUGUAUAAAACAGUAUUUCUUAUUUAUAAUAAAGUCUGGAUAUUUGUAA